CGCCUCAGGCCUGGUUACUGUGUACGCGGUCUCUAUAGAAACCGGACGUGCUGCGGUGAAAUCUCGCGAGGCUUUGUUGCCAGGAGACUGUGUUACUGUGUAUCCGAGGGAAAGAAGAAGCAGGGACCAGAAUGCCACCGAAAAAGAAAGCAUCACCGAAGAAGAAGUCUGCCAAGGGGAAGAAGAGCCCCGGGUUUGUAGAUGGAUUGGCCACGGAAGAAAUGAGCAAGGAACAGCUGGAGGAGCACAUUGUGCGUCUGCGGGAGGAGCUGGACCGAGAACGAGAGGAGAGAAACUACUUCCAGCUUGAGCGAGACAAGAUCCACACUUUCUGGGAGAUCACCCGCCGCCAGCUGGAAGAGAAGAAGUCUGAACUCCGUAAUAAGGACCGCGAGAUGGAGGAGGCGGAGGAGCGACAUCAGGUGGAAAUCAAGGUAUACAAGCAGAAAGUCAAACAUCUGCUAUACGAGCACCAGAGCAACAUUUCAGAGCUGAAAGCAGAGGGCAGCGUCGCCAUGAAGCUGUCGCAGAAGGACCAUCACACACACGAGGGUCUGUUACGCAAAGAUAUGCGGGGACUGCAAGUGGAGAUCAAAGAGCAGGAGCUGGCCAACGAGAUGGUGGUGAAGAACCUCAAGAUGAAACAAGAUGAAGAGAUCACACGGCUGAGAAAUGAUUUUGAGAGACAAGUAAAAGAAAUUGAAACCAAAUAUGACAAGAAGAUGCGUGUUCUGCGAGAUGAGCUAGAGCUCCGCAGAAAGACAGAGAUUCACGAGGUUGAGGAGCGGAAGAACGGACAGAUCAACACUCUGAUGAAGAACCACGAGAAGGCCUUCAGUGACAUCAAGAACUAUUAUAAUGACAUCACACUCAAUAACCUGGCUCUUAUCAACUCGCUGAAGGAGCAGAUGGAGGAGAUGCGGAAAAAGGAAGACCGGUUGGAGAAAGAGAUGGCGGACCUCCAGCUACAAAACCGUCGUCUCACUGAGCCCCUGCAGAAGGCUCGGGAAGAGGUGGCUGAACUCCAGAGACAGCUAGCCAAUUAUGAAAAGGACAAGAAGUCUCUGGCAAGCACAAAAUCCCGACUGAAGUCGACUGAGAAGGAGCUAAACGAGCUGAAAUGGGAGCAUGAAGUCUUAGUGCAGAGGUUUGAGAAGAUCCAGAGCGAGCGAGAUGAACUGUACGGCAAAUUCACGGCGGCAAUUCAGGAAGUUCAGCAGAAGAACGGAUUCAAAAACUUGCUCCUGGAAAGGAAGCUACAAGCCCUGGGAGACACUCUAGAGAAGAAGGAAGCGCAGCUCAACGAGGUGCUGGCCGCAUCCAACCUGGAUCCCGUCUCUCUGAGCACGGUUACUCGCAAGCUGGAGGACGUCUUAGACACGAAGAAUAACGCCAUUAAGGACCUGCAGUAUGAACUGGCCAGAGUGUGCAAGGCGCACAAUGACCUGCUCCGGACAUACGAAGCCAAGAUGAGGGCAUUCGGAAUCCCUGUAGAAGAGCUGGGGUUUAACCCUCUGGAGAGCCUGGUACCCGGGCAGAGCUUUGGGCAAGGACCAGCGGGCUUGGUAGCAGCCAGCACUUAAAGCUGUACAGACCCAUUCUUUCUGGCAGGAAGAGCGAGGAGUCAUCCGACCCGUGCCGUCCUUACCGAUAAACAUUUGCACAUGGAGGCUGCAGAGUAUUUAUUUUUUGAACUAAAUUUCUAACAUUUUAAAGACUUAAUAUUAUAUAAACUAUGACAAAGAAAAAUAUCAACGCUGUGCCUUUAUUUCUGCAAGGUGGCCUCAGCGAUGUCCUUGGGUCGAGGCUACUCGCAUUAAAUGACGCACUUGGUGGCCAUAAACCUUGAAUAAAUGUCGGCUGAACCCAUCCUUUUCAGCAUAAUAGGGUCUU